UCGCAACCUAAACACAGUCAACAUGUUGCUUAACAUUGUUGCCAGCAACAUUUACACUUCGUGCACACACAAGCUGGCCAUAGCGCGACCGUUGUUGCGGCACGAACGAUUGAUUACGAAAAGCGCACAGCGAGAGCGAUCAAGCGCAGCGCCGGCGUUGUACAAAUCCACACGAACAUUCCCCAACGAACAAACACACGCACACACACCGGCAGACAGAGGUCGACACGCAGCUAGCGCGCAAAAUACGAUUACAGGUUUGAAAUAUUCGAUUUUUUGGCAUUUCGAAAACUGACUGCGAUCGAAACGGUUGACCACUGGGCUUCUGCUUGUGCUAUAGUGCUACUUGUUGUGCAACUGGUUUGCUAAUAAAAUUGUAAAUUUAAAAUAUUUGACUUUUGCGUUGUUGAAUUUCGGUGCGAGUUCUACUCAAACGUUUUCUACGACUUUCUUCAGUGCUAUUUUUUGAUUUUUGCGUAUAGAUAAGUGCAUAAAGCAAAGAGAUUUUUCAAAAUGGGCUGUACAUCCGGUGUAAUGAAAUGUCUGCUGAAUAUAAUGAACGUGCUGAUGGCGAUCUUCGGCCUGCUGUUGAUCGCUUUGGGCGCCCUGAGCUUCAACACCGCACCCAAAGUCUACAUCUAUUAUCUAUUUAUCGUGGGUGGCAUUAAUUUCAUAGCUGCAAUGUUGGGUUGCUGUGGCAUUUGCCAGGAGGAUGUUUGUCUCACGACCACGUAUGCCAUCGUCAUUGCGCUUUCUUUGGUCUCUCAAAUUGUUGGCAAAAUCUACGCUUCCGAUUCGGCGGCAAUCAAGGAAUUCGCUACCAAGGAUGUGGAAAAGACCUGGUUAGAGGAAAUCAAAAUGCCAGGAGCUAUGAAUAAUACGCAACAAACGUAUCACUGCUGCGGUAAAAUCAGUCCCAACGAUUAUUUCUCUAUUGGACGUUCCGCUUACCCCGCCAGUUGUUAUCCCAAAAUGAUCGUAAAUCAAACAGCUCUGUGGAAUGCCGGUUGUGUGCAGGCGGCGGAAGAUGAAUUCCUCAGCAUUUUCAAUUACUCGUCGAGCGGUGAAUGGGGAAAUCUGAUAGUUACGGGUGUGAUGCUGCUGUUCGCUAUUUACCUGGUCAUACGCUUCCGCAGCAAACAGCGUCGGUACGAUUACUAAGCCUCUGGGCGUGUGUGUAACGUACAAUUUCUAUGUUUACUAAAAUCCAAUUGAAGCAUACAUAUAUUUUGGCACCCAAGAUUUGCAAUACACACUUGCAAUGUACAUAUAUGUUUAUUACAAAAACAAAAGAAAGAACAAAGCUUUAUAUCACAUCAUUUUGCAUAAUUUUUAUAUUUGUUGUAUUUGUAGAAGGCAUUUAGGACUUUGUCGCCUGUUGCAAUGUAUUUAUUUUCUCAUAACUGUAUAUGUAUAUGUGUACUUUUUCCUUGUAAAAAUUUUAAUAAAAAAAAAAACAAAUAAACAGAAUCUGUUGUUGAAUACUAAACUGAAAA